GCAUGCUAGCUGCAUUUAGCUGCUGUGUCACUUUGAGGAGAAGCAAAGUGUAAUCCGUUCAUAUUAUAAUCUAAGAUAAACUUUAAGAUACAGUCCAAAAACACAGAGCUGGCAGAUUACAGAGGGUUAAACGUGUGCUAACAUCUGUACGCAUGCGCGUUUCUCCCGCCCGGUGAGUGACUCAUCUCGACAUUAAAGUACUCUUUGAUGAAUGCUAGGUUAGCAUAGUUAGCUUGUGGCUCCAGAGGCACCACGUCGUGUCCGUGUUUACAUCUGCUUUCCCCGUAAACCAUGUUAAUAUUUCGGUCAGCAUUGGUGUCAACGUCCCGUCUGAGUGCGUGGACAUGAGCGUGGCGGAGGAGAGGUGCUUCGUGUCCCGUGUGUUUACGGAGCUCUCCGCCUUUUCACACACUUCCGCUCGUUAGCGUCGCUCCAGCGAUGAACCAGGAGCGGGAUGAGGCGCAGGACGACAGCGGCUCCCGGGAGGAGUGGACCCUGCUCUUGUGGACUUCUCUGGCCGUCGUCGUCCCGGUCCUCAUCACGCUGUGGUGCAGCGUCCAGCGCUCCAAGCGGAAAACCUACAUGAAGGAUUUCUUCCGCAAGAGCAAGCACGGCUGGCACUACACGGACCUGUUCACCAAGCCCACCUACUGCUGCGUGUGCUCGCAGCACAUCCUCCACGGCGCCUACUGCGACUGCUGCGGCGUGUGCGCCGACGAGCAGUGCCUGCGCCGGGCCGACCGGAGCCUGCCGUGCAAGGAGAUCAUGGCCCCCUCCAGGCCUGGGGGGGGGGGCAUGGAGCACCGCUGGGUCCGCGGCAACGUCCCCCUCGCCAGUUACUGUGCUGCGUGUAAACAGCAGUGUGGGACGCAGCCGAAGCUCUGCGACUUCAGGUGUGUGUGGUGUCAGUCCACGGUGCAUGAUGACUGCAUGGACAGCCUGGCAGAUACAGACGAGUGUGACCUGGGUGAAUUCCACUGCCUCAUCAUCCCGCCUCACUACCUCUACCGCGUCAACAAACUCCGCCGCCGGCAGCCGGACGAGUUCAGCAAGCUGGCGUCUUCCUGCGGCAGUGGCUGGACUCCAGUGUUGGUCUUGGCCAACACUCGCAGCGGCAACAACAUGGGGGAGGCUCUGCUGCGAGAAUUCCGCACGCUUCUCAACCCAGUGCAGGUGUUUGACCUGUCUGAACUGACGCCUGUCAAAGCCCUGCAGCUGUGCACCCUCCUGCCCCCCGGCAGCGUCCGGGUGCUGGUCUGUGGAGGCGACGGCACGGUGGGCUGGGUGCUGGAUGCCGUAGAUACCAUGAAGCUAAAGGGUCAAGACCAGUUCCUUCCCAGAGUGACCAUCCUUCCCCUGGGGACAGGAAACGACCUCUCCAACACUCUGGGCUGGGGGAACGGGUAUGCCGGGGAAAUCCCCGUGGAACAGGUUCUUCGUAACGUCCUCGACGCCGAGGUGGUCAAAAUGGACAGGUGGAAAGUGCAGGUGGCUUCAAAAGGAGCUUAUUUCCGAAAACCAAAGGUUCAGUUCAUGAAUAACUACUUCUCUGUUGGACCCGACGCUCUGAUGGCUCUUAACUUCCACACACACCGCGAGAAAACGCCCUCCUUCUUCUCCAGCCGCAUCAUCAACAAGGCCGUGUAUUUCCUGUAUGGCACCAAAGACUGUUUAGUGCAGGAAUGUAAGGAUCUGGAUAAGAGGAUUGAGUUGGAGUUGGAUGGGGAGAGGGUGGCGCUGCCCAGUCUGGAGGGCAUCAUCGUUUGUAACAUCGGUUACUGGGGUGGAGGCUGCAGACUGUGGGAGGGGAUGGGGGAUGAACCUUGUCCCCCCACACGACUGGAUGACGGCCUGCUGGAGGUGGUGGGCGUGUUUGGCUCCUUCCACUGUGCACAGAUCCAGGUCAAGCUGGCCAACCCUGUACGACUGGGACAGGCUCACACUGUCAGGCUGAUUCUGAAGAGUUCCAAGAUGCCCAUGCAGGUGGACGGGGAGCCGUGGGCCCAGGGCCCCUGCACCAUCACCAUCACCCAUAAAACCCAGGUCCUCAUGCUUUAUCACAGCUCAGAGCAGACGGACGACGAAAGCAGCGCCUCCGAGACCGAGAGCCCCACCCCGCACGACUCGCCCCGGCCUCCGGUGCCAACCUCCGCCCGUGCUUGAUGCACCUGGAACACAGUGUGUGGUGUGAACGCUCUUCUGUUCCGAGCGCUUUUUCUUUGUUUCAGCCCACUUUGACUUCAGGCUUCUUUUGCGAUGGCACUUCAUUUAUCUUCCUCUCAGAUCUCUGAAUAUACUUUAACCUUAAAAGCCCAGUGUGUGAACAUGUAGGAGGAGCAGUUAGUGUGUGUUGUGUGUGUGUGGUGGGGGGGGGGGGGGGGGUGUAACAGAGAAAGACUGCUGUUUAUUUGCACUGAUGCUCUGUGCCAUAUAUGUAUAUGUAUAUAUACAGUAUAUAUAUGUGUAUAUAUAGUCCACUCUACUGUAUGUAUGGGCCAUUUUUAACAAGCUGCCCAGGUUCCAGUGAAACCCCACCCAAAGCCAUGAUGUUUAAAUCAGUAACAGGAGAGAACAGUAGUUACACUGAAUGUCUGCAGGUCAUUAUUUUAUAGUCAUUUGCAGAAAAAGCACAAACGCAUUGAAACAAUAUUUCAUGGUUCUCGCGGUGGAGACGUUUGUUUCGUGUAUUUAUUGGUGAGGGUUUUGAAGUGUGAUUGUUGGCCCACAGGGCGGAGCGAGGACUCUGCCAUGUGCAGUUCAAACACUGGACACUGACGUUGCUUUGUUUGCACUGACUCGAGCAGCUUGUUUGUGCUGCUAGAUUAUACUUAGCCUCAGUCUUUAAACUAUAGAAUAUAUUUAAGCAGAGCGGCUGACUUAUUUGGGGUUAUUUUAAAGUAGUUUUAAGUAAAUGCUGUUCAGAGGAGCCUCCUGAGUUUUGCCCUUUUGACUGACUGUAUUUUGUAUUUUGUGAAAAACACCUUACACUGCUCAGAGCGUAGUUUACUCACAAGAAACCACAAUGUAGACGUCACGUUGCUGCUGAUGAGAUUAUAUCAUUUUAUGUUUUUAUUUUUUUAUGAUUUCUUCAUCCAUGUUUUAGCAAACAGUCACCACAAGGUGGCAGACUGAAGACAGUGUUUGUCUGUAGGUUAAGGAGAGACGGAAACCUCUACAGUUUACAAGUUACUCAUCACUCCUUUUAACAAGUAAUAUUACUUUAUUUAAGAGGUUGAAUUACCCCAAUAUAUUACUUCUGUUAGUGCUGGGGCUAAUUUGAAUGAUUUCUUUGUUAUAUGAAGCAAAAACAACUAUUUUUAGUCGCCCUGCUUUUACGACAUUUACGCUAAGGUAGCCUCUGAUGGACAAAACACAAAUCACCAUCUCGUUACACAGCAGCAUUUCUUAGUAAUUCAAAUAUAAUUACACACUAAAAUAAUAAUAUUACACUGAGUAACAUGUUACAGCCCAACACUGUUCAUUAUUCAUCCAUUGCUUAUAUGUUCUCGUGAUGAGUUUUUUUGGUUGCAUAUUUCCUUAAACUGAUUUAGCCUCAAGGUGCUCCCUUAAAUUACACAAUGUCUAUCGCUUACAGCCAUAUGAGAAAAUGUAAUCUCAAAAAUGUUACUUAAUGCUUUCUAAUGAACCUGGAGUCAAACCCUGCUGCUCACAAUGCUAACCAGUGUUUAGCCGCGUCAUACCUGUAUACUGUUGCAUUGUGUACCUCUGUGGCACCUGUUUGUGUGCUGAAUGUCUUUUGUUUGACCUUGUGUCUCGUCGCACUCCAUCGCCACACAGUGUUUUGUGUAGUUGCACUGAAUUAGCUUAAAUGUAACGUAAUGGGGAUUAUCAGCAGGUUGUUAGCCACACUAGCUCUUGUUCAAAAACACUGAUUUGGAGUGACUUAUCUUAGACUUAGUACAAACUCUGAUGGUUUCUUCAUUUUUGAGGCACUAAACAUUGGUGAAAAUGGACGAAAAUUGUCAUUAUUUACAAAAUAAGGGUAAUCCUUGAAAGUGGUGCAAAACCCAGUAGGACAAAGCCGAAACUCAGUUGCACCAAAUUUCAUGACGAACAAAAAAGCCUCAACUCAUCAGGAAGUCAGCCAUUUUGAAUGUGGUGUCCAUCUGGAAGAUUUGCACGUUUCUUAAAUGAACUCUGCUCAACAUAAAAACCUGGCAGUUUGUAAGAGACACAUCAAAGAUUAAAAGUUAUCAAAAGGCCUUGCAGAUUUAAAAGGGCGUUGCCAUGGCAACCACUGGAAUUUUGGAGAAUUUUGACCAUUAGCCACAAAACAGCGAGUGGCCUGUAACUACAUCACAUGUCAUUUAGCAGACGCUUUUAUCCAAAGCUACUUACAAGGGAAUUGAGUAAAACCUGCCAGGGGUUGAGUUGAGCUUGCGACUAUGAUGUCUUUUGCACACAGGGUACCGGUCUUAACCACUGAGCCACCCCAACCCUAACUAUGUCAUACAUUGACCAAACCUUCAUGCGUGAGACCAGAAACUGGGUAUAGCGCCACCUGCUGACAGUACAGUGGCUGUGAGGGUCCACACAAUGUGGCUUUCAUUUUAUUUGUGCUUGUUUUACUCACUAAAUUUCUAUCAGGUGUGAGACUAUGCUAGCUAACAUGCUAAACAUUAGCAUGAUGCAUCUUUACUACAAGAUGCUUAACAUUUAGCUUUCAACUUAAUUCAGAUUUGGGCCAAAAAUAACUUACAGCUUAUAUUUGUAUAUGCUGUACAUGUGGAGUUACACCUGCAUGGAAAAUAUAUAAGACAUGAUAAUCUUUUUUUAUUUCUGAAACAUCACUGACCUGUAAAGCAAACUGCAACUGUUGCUCGAGUCGUGUGGCUAAUAACUUUGACCUGUUUGAUAGUGUGGGGUUUAUUAUUUUUUAAACUCUAGCAGGUAGAAAACUGUGAGUAAAAAUGUGUCAUACAGUUGCAGAUCAUUCAAUGCCUGCACUCAAACUUUGUUCAUACUCACAUGUUGCUAUGUUGUGUGCUGAGCUGCAACUAAUGAUUCUUUUCAUUAUAUCAAUUAAUCUGUCGAUUAGUUUCUCGAUUAAUCGAGCACUUGUUUGGUCCCUAUAAUGCCAGAAAAUGUUGAAAAAAUGUUGAUCAGUGAUUUUCAAACGUGCAAAUGAUUGUUUCUCAGAUGUCUUGUUUUGCCACAAAUCAAAAUGAUUCAGUUUUAAUGAUUUCUUUGUUAUAUGGAGCAAAGAAACCAGAAAAUAAUCAUAUGAAGCACCUGAAAAAUCUGAAAGCUUGUUUUAAUUAUUGAAAGAACACUCCAACCAAUUACACACUCAAUCUUAAUCAUGCAUUCAUGUAUACUUUUUUUAAAAAUAAGACAUCUGUUCAAACAUUUUGAGAAUCCACCAAACUGAGUCUGGGAGAAAAUCACCUCUUGUUGGUAAAAAAAUAAUAAUAUUGAUCAGGAAAUCAUUGCCAGAUAUUUGUAAAAUGGGAAAACAGCUGACAGAAACUGAUUUUGAUUGAACUGAAUGUAACUAAGCAAUCAUUUAGAAGAAAUACCCAUAAAUAUUUUCAUAUCUA